AGCGGCAUUUCUGUCCUUUUCUAUAAUAUUACUUCACAUAUUUUUCUUUUUUCUUUUUUUAUACAUAAAAAGGAUAUUGAAGUUAUAGUGCGCCGGAACCCUCGCCGCCAUUCUUUUGGCUCGCUGGUUCCCUCCGCUCACCCGCCGCCGCCACCGCCACCGCCGCCGCCGCCACUGCCACAGCUAUUGUACUCAUAGUUCAGUUAUCAGUAUGCCAACCGUUAGCGUUGGAAGAGACCGUUUGUUCGAAGCCCUAGGCCGUACUUACACUGAUGAAGAGUUUGAUGAAUUGUGCUUCAAGUUUGGUAUUGAGCUCGAUGAUAUAACAACAGAAAAAGCAAUACAGAGAAAAGAGAAGCAUUUGGAUGAAGAGGGGACGGAAGACGAUGGAGAGACCAUAUACAAAAUUGAAGUUCCGGCAAAUAGAUACGAUUUGCUUUGUCUUGAAGGACUAGCUCAAGCUCUCCGAAUAUUUAAUGGGCUUGACCCCAUCCCAACAUAUAAGGUGGCGAAUAUUGGUAAAGAAUCUAUGCUUGAAAUGCAUGUAAAAACAGAGACAUCCAAGAUUCGCCCGUAUGUGGUAUGUGCUGUUUUAAGAGGAGUAACAUUUGAUGAGGCUAAGUACAAUAGCUUCAUUGAUCUACAAGAUAGGCUGCAUCAAAACAUUUGCAGGCGAAGAACCUUGGUGGCAAUUGGUACCCAUGACCUAGAUACAAUUGAAGGACCAUUCACAUAUGAGGCCUUGCCUCCUGCAGAAAUAAAUUUUGUGCCCUUAAAGCAGACCAGAAACUUCAGAGCUGAUGAGCUGAUGGAAUUUUACAAAUCUGAUUUGAAGCUGAAGAAGUUUCUGCACAUAAUUGAGAAUUCACCUGUGUACCCUGUUAUAUAUGAUUGUAAAAGGACUGUGUUGUCUUUACCACCCAUUAUUAAUGGUGCACAUUCGGCCAUUUCACUGAAAACAAAGAACGUGUUUAUAGAAUGUACAGCCACAGAUUUGACGAAGGCCAACAUUGUUCUGAACACGAUGGUAACUAUGUUUUCAGUGUACUGUGAGCGGAAGUUUGAAGUUGAACCAGUUAAAGUAACAUAUUCUGAUGGAAAAUCGUUUGUGUAUCCCGAUCUUUCAAUCUACAACAUGAAUGUGCCUUUGUCCUACAUUACUGGCAUUAUUGGAGUUCAAUUGCCAGAGGAAAAGGUGGCUAGUUUGUUGCAUAAAAUGCAAUUGCGUGCAGAGAAAUCUCUAUCAGAAGAUAAAAAAGUCAAGUUUGUUGUAUUUGUUCCUCCCACAAGAAGUGAUGUUCUUCAUCCAUGUGAUGUAGCGGAGGAUGUUGCAAUUGCUUAUGGUUACAAUGAGAUCCCAAAGAGAAAACCUGCAUCUUUGAAGCCUUUACCUCUCAGUCAAUUCAGUGAUCUAAUUCGGACGGAGAUUGCAAUGGCUGGUUAUACUGAGGUGUUAACAUGGAUCUUGUGUACCAAGAAAGAAAUUUCCUCCAUGUUGAACCGUGAAGAGGAUAGCUCUGCUGCGAUUAUUGCUGAUUCUCGUACAUCUGAAUUUGAGGUUGUUCGGUCUACUCUCAUGCCUGGACUAUUGAGAACUGUGGGGCAUAAUAAGGACCAUUCAAAGCCUAUAAAGAUUUUUGAAGUUGGUGAUGUUGUCUUCUUAGAUGCCACAAAUGAUGUUGGUGCAGUAAACCGUCGCCACCUUGCUGCUUUGUAUUGUGGCGCAACUUCAGGAUUUGAGCUAAUACAUGGUCUACUCGACAAAAUCAUGGAAGCAACUGGUGCUAAUUUUGUAUCACCUGGAAACAGUUCAGGCUACUAUAUAGAAAAAUCAGAGGAACCUGCAUUACUUCAGGGGAGACAAGCUAGCGUUAUUUACGCAGGAAAGCGAAUUGGAACAUUCGGCAUUGUGCACCCCAAGGUCCUCAAGGAGUUUGACAUUCCGGAUCCCUGCUCCUUUCUGGAGCUUGACAUGCAGACUUUCCUAUAGUCAGGUUUCACGACGCGAGCAUCAGCUACCAUCCCCUUUCUUCCUGGGAAGCCUUUGUCGGCGUUGGUUCCUUUACGUACUUAUAAAGCUUUUGAAGUCAGCGGCCUGAGCUGUUCGAAUGUGGUGACAAUUUUGAUAGAUAUGUCUCAUAUUGAUUAUUAUUAAUACUUGGUAAUCGAGGAAGAAGAUGAUCCAACGUUCAUUUCGUUCACUUACUGUUUGACAGGAAACAUAAGAUGAUUUUUUUUUUCCAGAUGUAAUGGUCACUUGCUUACCCUUUCUUAUAGCUGAAUGAAUUAUUUGGUUUGGGCAUGAAAAUAGCCUUAACCAGUUUGCCAUUGUCCAA